UUCUUUCGUCGCUCCCUUUCGCUUGUAUAUUUUGUUGCCUCGCUGUUUUGCUGCUUGCCUCUUUGCUUUUGCUGCUUUUUGCUGCUUUGCUUCUUUGCUGCCUGCUUCCUUGCCUUGUUGUUUUCUGCUAUUGGCCGCGAGGCUGCGGUAAUUUUGAGUGUUACAUUCUAUCGUAAAUUAAAGCGGUUUUUGUUCCUUGCGCCUUUGGUCCUUUGUCGUGCUGGUCGCGGCUCGCGGACCCCCUGAGCGAAGGCUGAGGGGCCUUCAUCUGGCGCCCAACGUGGUUUUCUUCUUUCUCGUUGUUUUUCUGUUUGUUCUGGAGUACGCUUCCGCACCGCAGGGACCACGAGCACGGGAACGAGGGAACCGCCCCCAUCUCGAGGCAGCUGGAACUCGCCCCCUAGGCCUACUUGUUUCGCUCCGACAUCGGGUCCCACAGCUCCUGCAUCUGUACCCAACCCCUCUGACCGGCGUAAGCUCACUGAACGUUUAUUCGACCUCCCGCUUUCCUUGCGCCCCGCUAUUCCGCGCCAUCCUGCUUCCGCAGAACCGCUUGACCAUUCCGUCGGACCGCUUUGCCCGCCCAAUUUGAACACCAAAGAUGCACCGCCGGCAUUUUAAUGCACCUACGUUCGGGUAAAGUCAAGAAGAGCGCGGUUGAAAAUCAUCCUCGCAAACCCAUUACUACAAUGCCUGAUAAGAAGGACCAGGGUGCGCCCGCACAAGAUAUGUGCAACAUUAUUGCCCAGCUGACCGCGCUGCUCGAGCAUCAGACAAACAUAACUCCAGCAGCCAGUUUCCAUUUGCAGCUCGCUGUGCCUACAUAUGAAGGGCACACAGAUACGAAAUCGGUGGCGGACUUCCUUCAGGAAAUGGAAGAUUACCGCAAUGCGCAAGCCAUUACGGAUGACGUUCUUCUUCAGCGCGUUUUGCCCGUCGCCCUGACUGGGUCCGCCGCCCGCUGGCGUCGUCGCCAGUCAUUCCAAAGUUGGGCGCACUUUGAGCAGCUACUGCGAGCAGAAUUCCUCCCCCCCGACUACGUUGUCCGCAUGAAAGACGAGCUUCGCGCCCGUAGUCAGGCGGAGGAGGAAAGCCUCCUAGAAUACAUACGGUCCUUUCAGGAGCUUUACGAGCGCGCAGAUCCUUCAGCACCCGAAACGGAAAGAGUCACCCGGGCAAUCCGGCAAGCUCACCCACGCUUCCAGGCUUAUCUAAGGGGCCGCACCUUCUCUUCGCUUGACGAUCUCGCUAAAGCGGCGUCCGAUAUUCAGGCGGCGAUGUUGGCAGAGCUAACUUACCAGCCUCCACCCCCGCCUCAAGCCUCCCUCGAGCCGUCUUGCGCGUGGCACGGUUCUCAGAUUGCAAGCCCGGGGAAUAUGGUACCGCCUCCAAGGGCGCUGGACCCAUUCACUCACCGCACCUUUGCCACCCAGGUACCUUUCCGGCCUCCGGUCGCGGAACCUGCCACAACGUUGCGAGGCACUCGGGGCCGCAGCAGGCCUGUAGUGGCUGCCGCCCAAUCAGGCGCAGCAGAUACACGCAGGAGCAUUCCAGUCUGCUUCCAGUGUGGAGGACGAGGCCACUACAGGAGCCAGUGCCCGAGCCCCCCUGGCUCCCGCCAGCAGGGAAACGACGAGGGCCGGCGGUGGUGA